UCACAUUCAACAAUGUUCACAUUUACACUACUCUCAGUAUAGACUGUGUCUUGGGUUAAAGUUGACGCUCGAGGCAAAAAACCACGUCGGCAGUUCAACUGGUUUGGGGAAAACAACGAUGACGUGACGUCCCUCAAUAUAGACCUGUGACAUCAUGGGUUGCAGCUCAAAAACACGACAUAAUUAGCCCAAACAAUUGAAUUGCUCAUUAUAUAUUCACACCCAUGACGCAUGAGGAAAUGGCAGUGGAUAAAAAACAACCAAUAGGGACUUUAUAGUCAGGUUUUCUUCCAAAAUCUUCAGUUACUGCAGAUUACUAAGACGGGUUAGACCGUGGCGUACACCACUUCAGCUCUCUAAAGUGACAUCGGUGUGUUUGAGAGGUCUCUAGUUCGCUGCCAGUUGUUGAUAAUGAGCUCAGAAAAGCUGAUUGACAGUGGCCUGGGCGGGCCCGUGCAUGUGGACCGGCGGUCCCGUGUGCGCCCGGUGGGGCUCCAGGGCGUGCUCGCCGCCGCAGUCGUGCUGGGCGUCUCGGCGCUGGUGGUGGUGCUGCUGCUGCAGAACUGGCAACUCAAGCAGUGUUUUGACGAUCUCAAUCAGCAGAAUGGCCAGCUUCUUCAGCGGAUCGCUUCGUUGGAGGAUCUGACGAAGGGCAAGACGUUGGAAGCCAACAGCGGUGCAGAGAACAUCGAGUCGACCGACGUGGUGUUCCGUCCCGGGCCGCUCCGUCCUGCAGCAGACGGGCCGGAGAGCGGGGCCCGGCCGCCCGUCCUGUCUGAUCCCACCGACCGCCGCAGGGCGAAGAGAGCCGCCAACUCUCUCACUCUGCCGUUCGGGGGUUGUACACAGGGGCCCCCGGGUAAAGACGGUCCAACGGGACCCCCAGGAGCAAACGGUCGCGACGGGAUGCCUGGCAGAGACGGUCGCGAUGGACCUGCUGGAGGUGUUGGACCUUCUGGCUCACCCGGACCUCCGGGUCCACCUGGACCCUCUGGCUCACCCGGUGCCGCUGGCCCUCCUGGUCCCUCUGGCUCACCCGGUGUCGUCGGUCCACCCGGUUCCAAAGGGUUAGACGGCCGAGACGGACUUCCUGGCACACCUGGCAGCUGUGAUUGCUGUAGAAAUGCUCCUAACCCUCCGCCAAUACAAGAUUGUGACGACGUCUACAAGGCAGGCCACAACACCAGCGGUAUCUACAUCAUCCAACCAGCCGGCUCCAGAUUCCCUUUCCGAGUCUACUGUGAGAUGGAGGACGGGACCGGCGGAUGGACAGUCAUACAAAAACGCUUUGACGGUUCUGUAGAUUUUAGUAGGGACUGGCAAACGUACAAACAUGGGUUUGGGGCCCCUAAUGGUGAGUUCUGGCUGGGAAACGACAAGAUUUAUGAGAUUUCUAGUGCUAAAAUCUACCGUAUGCGAAUCGAUCUCGAAAAUUGGUCCUCGGAUACGGUGUACGCCGAAUACGAUGUGUUCUAUAUCGAGGAUGAAGCGGCAAAAUACAGGCUGCAUAUUGGCACCUAUAGCGGCACUGCUGGGGAUGGUGGGAGGGGGUUGAGACACCAUGAUGGUCGCCGCUUUUCGACACACGACCAGGAUAAUGACGAUCAUUCGAGUCACUGCGCCACUGUCCAUGGUCGUGGUGGUUGGUGGUAUGGACAUUGUGACAACGCUAACCUGAACGCGCCGUACAAGCAUGGCGGUGGGGGGAGUGAGUCGCACGGUAUAGAAUGGGAAGCUUGGGCAGGUUAUAGUUUCUCCAUUAAGUCGUCUGUCAUGAAGAUCAGACCUAUUAACUAAAACAUGAGCUCCAUACGCAAUAUGCCCCGGAGAGGAGAUAGGCGCCGCCAGGGGACUAAAAGCCUAUUGAGUCAGCAUAACAUGUUGUGCUGCCCCUACGACGAACGAACAAACGAACGAUACGCAAUAACCACCACAAAACAUACAUUACAUCAUUGAGGUGUGGCUCUUUCAGCUUAUGCCAUUUUCUUGAGCAAUGUUUAAUGAGAUUAGAAACCGAAUAAAGUAUUAGAUUAAUGUUCCAGCUCCAUACAAGAAAUCAAAACUGGAAAUUACGCUGCAGUACCGUAACAAGCCGCCAGGGAUUCUUAAUCUAAUCAGCAAUGCUUCACAUACCAAAUAUUAACCUUGUCCAGCUGAUUACGUAUAUGUAUAUAUAUAUAUAUAAGGGCCGCACAUAUGUAAGACUGUAUAUGGGUCCGGUAUCUUCAUCGGUUUGCAAUCGGGAUAUUUAUCAAUUAAAUGUAGCAUACUGCAGCAAACCGUAUUGAUUGGGGAAGUAAAUCUGCAGCAGCAGCACAGAACAGGUCAAGUUUUACCGAUCUGAUUAAUCAACCAGCUCAGGGGAGUUAAAUUGGCAAAAAGGACAAGGGUUUAAUACAAUCCAUCCAGGCCUUCUCGAGUUUUCAAAUUAAAACUGAAUGAUUUUCCAGAAUGCGUAUUGAUCUUUGGCCUGUAAAGCUGUUGUACCGAA